AGAACAGGAAACCCUUUUUAGCCGAUUCAGUUUUGGGACAGUACACCAUCCCAAACAACAUCAUUCUCUCUGCCCCUCCCUUCUUUAUCUGAAAGUGUGUGUGUUGCUUUUUGUAAGCUGAGAUGUGUUACUGCAGUGCCACUAUCGGGUGCUGCAGGGUGUUUGCCAUCUAUUUUUCUGGAUACUGUUUCCUCUAGUGGGAGGUCUGUGCUGCUGGAGGUGACUCGGGGAGCCCAGAUACAAUGCAUAGUGAAGUGAAUUAUCUAAUGGGAUCUUUUCUGUGGAGGUAGAGAGAUGGAACUUGGGUGGAUUGGGGUGUGAGGGCCUGGCAGGCCCAGAGGCACUCCUCUCCGGGGACAGCCAAGGCAUGGGCUCGGUCUCUCCUCAGGUGCCCCAAAAAGACAUGGAGGGCUAUUACAACCUUUUGCAGGCAAGCUCUGAGCUAGAGAGCACACUGCAACAGGUUACAGUCCCUGUGAGUAUGCAGGAGGUGGCUGGCUAUAUUGAGAAACAAGUGGCUUAUUUAUCAGGAGGACGUGGGGAGGAUUCUAGUGUCAUCAUUACUCUCCCAGAAUGCUCUGCUUUCAGUGACAUUCCUGAAGAAGCACUGGCCAAAGUUCUUUCAUACCUCACAUUAAUCCCGAGAGCGCGGCAACCUGGUGUAAAAUUUAUCAUCAUUUUAGACCGAAGAUUGGAUACUUGGACCUCGAUCAAAACAGCACUUGCAAGGAUUGCGGCCUCAUUCCCAGGGAACCUGCACCUGGUGUUGGUUCUGAGACCCACCAGCUUUUUCCAGCGCACUGUCACAGAUCUCGGCUUCCGCUUUAGUCAGGAGGACUUCAUGCUCAACAUGCCUGUGGUGAUGCUCAGCUCUGUCACAGAUCUGCUGCGUUACAUUGAUGAGAAGCAGUUGACCUCAGAGUUUGGGGGCACUCUUGACUACUGCCACAGUGAUUGGAUCGUCCUGAGAACAGCCAUUGAGAGUUUUGCCGUUAUGGUUAAGGACAUUGCUCAGAUGCUGCAGGCCUUUGGUACAGAGCUGGCUGAGAUGCAGUUAUCGGAAGAGUGCAAUGCUAUUGAGUUACUACUGUUGUCCCACACUGAGAAAUACAGGAGACUUAAGGAUGCCAUAAGAUCAGUAAUGAGGGAGGGUCGACAGCUGCUCUCCAACCUAGAGACUUCUAGAAAGGAGGGGGACUCUGACACUCGUUGGGACAUAACCCAGGACUGGGAUACUAUGCAGAGGUUGCUAGCUCAGCUCAAAGACAUGGAGAUAUCUUUUGAUGGCUUCUUUGACAAGCACCACCUCAAACUCCAGCAAUAUUUACAAUUGUUGAGAUAUGAGCAUAGCUUUCAGAAGUUGGAGUGCUCUUUAGAGAAGUUAAGAGCUCAGGAAAGGAAGAUAAGAGUCACAGGAGAGUCAAUGGCCCAAACAGAGCAGACCAUCAAAGAGCUGGACAGUCUAGAAAAACGUGCACAGGAGGAGAUGAGUCUGGCUCAGGUUCUUAUCCUGCAUGGACAUCAGCUGGCUGCUGGACAUCACUACGCCAUGGCUAUGAUAAUACAACGCUGUAAUGAACUCAGACAUCAAUGUGACAUCCUGACCUCUACCCUCACUACUAAACGCAACAUACUGAAACAAGUACAGACCUUAUUGCUACGUCUUGAAGAGGCCCAGUGCUGGUGUGAUGAUGGGGCUUAUCUCUUGGCCAAUCAGCAGGUAGAUAAAUUUCAGUCUAAAGAGGGUGCACAGACAGCGCUUCGAAAUAUUGAGAAGUUCCAGGAGGGGGCGCCACCUCUCCUCAGUGAAGGUGCUGAUGUGCUCUUUCUGGAGUAUGAAUCUGUGCUCAAUCCUUACCUACAGGAUCAUAUAGGGAAGGCAUUUGAAAAGCAUAGCUCUGUGCAGGCUCUGAUUCAAUCCAGACAGAACUGCUUAAAGAAACUGGCAGACAAACAUGUCCGGCCAGUGCAACUGGUGGCCCCUCGACCAGAGAACCCACCACGCUCCAAAUCCCCUCUCUUCUCCCCAAAACAUGAUUUUAAUUCCAGUUUAAAGUUCACGUUUGACCUCCCACUGCCAGGCAAAAGAGCAUCAAGGAAAAGCCCAAACUCCAGGAAGAUUGAGGUGAUUCAUGACUAUCAGACUCAAAGCUGUCUGCCCUACAGUGUAGAUGGAGAGGACGGCACUGACCUCCUGAAACGACAUGUGAUGAAUGAGCUGAUAGAGACAGAAAGGGUCUAUGUGGAGGAGCUGCUGGCGGUGCUCCUGGGCUAUCGGGCAGAGAUGGACAAUCCGUCUCUUGCUUCUCUCCUGCCAACAAGUCUUUGCAACAAGAGAGAUGUGCUGUUUGGAAACUUGCCUGAUAUCUUCAACUUCCAUAGCAGUGUCUUCCUCCAGGAUUUGGAGAGCUGUCUGGACACCCCUGAGGCAGUAGGGGCUUGUUUUUUGAAACGGAAAGAGAAUUUCCAUUUAUAUGAAUGUUACUGUCAAAACAAGCCUCGAUCAGAAUCCUUAUGGAGGCAGUUUUCUGAUUGUUUAUUCUUCCAGGAGUGCCAAAAGAAGCUGGAACACAAACUUGCUCUUGAUUCAUACCUGCUGAAACCAGUCCAGCGCCUUACAAAGUACCAGCUUCUAUUAAAGGAGCUUCUGAAGUACAGCUCAGGCUGUGAGAGAAUUUCUGAGCUGCAGGGGGCGCUAGCAGCCAUGCUGGACCUGCUUAAAUCAGUCAAUGACUCAAUGCAUCAGAUCGCCAUCACUGGAUAUGAGGGAGAUCUCGGCGAUCUGGGCCGUGUGCUAAUGCAGGGCUCUUUCAGUGUAUGGAUUAGUCAUAAGAAGGGUCCAACCCGAGUGAAGGAGCUGGCGCGCUUCAAACCCAUGCAGCGACACCUGUUCCUGCAUGAGCACGCACUCCUCUUCUGCAAGCGCAGGGAGGAGCAUGGAGAGAACGCUGAGAAGACCCCCUCCUACAGCUUCAAGCACUGUCUAAAGAUGAGUGCAGUAGGCAUUACGGAAAAAAUCAAAGGAGACGUCAAGAAGUUUGAGAUCUGGUACAGUGGCAGAGAGGAGGUCUAUGUGAUACAGGCACCCACAGUGGAGGUGAAGAUUGCCUGGCUGAACGAGAUCAGAAAGAUCCUCACCAACCAGCAGAAACUACUUAAAGAGGAUUUGUGUCAUUCUGCUGCAUUCUCAGAGCAGAUGCAGUUGUCUCCGACCCUCUCUGUGAGCAAGCAGCAAAGCAACUCAGUCCCUUCAGUGAGCUCAGAAGGGAUUGAGUCAGGCCACAGCAGUCCAGACACUCUCAGCUGUUCUACUCAGCACCAGCGCAACAGAUGUAGCUGGCCGGGCACACCUUAUUCUGUAGAUAUCUGUGAAGGUCUGGAGGACUGGAAUGGAGCAAAUGGUCUCUCUCACCUGUCUGACACUGAAGAAGAGGAUGCUGGUCAUCUGUUUCCAGGCAGAUACAGGGCCUUUGCCGAUUGGCAGAAAAACAGGUCUGAUAACUUGAUCAUUAAAUGUGGUGAUGUCAUACAACUGCAGCAUGAGGAAAAUUAUGGCCAGUGGCUGGUAAAGAAUCUGAGUCGCAGACAAGAGGGCCGAAUCCCUACCACCAACCUGCAGAGCAUCCUGGGAGACAGCAUCAAGAUUCACUCCAACCGGCAAGGAGACCCAGGGAAUCGAAGAGCACGGAAGCUGAGCUCACCAUAAAGGAAGUACCCAGUGGUGUACUGGACUUACACAAAAAACACAUAGUGGCUCAGUGACUACAUACUUGUGUGAUUCUUGGAUUUAGAUCUGACCAGCAGACCACAGACAUUGCUCUCCAAAGCAGGAUAUCAUUCUGAGUAUACACUACCAAUGUUCCUUCAAUGUUCUUGAACUGAUCCUCAUUGACAGAUGCUACACAAAUGCAAUGCAAAUAGUUUUUUACCUUUCAAAUGUAAGGACAGGAAUCUUACAAGUCAUGUCCACCACCUCAAUGAGAGCUCUGGAAGAUUUGUCCUCUGCCUACACACUUCAGUCCUCCCGACUUGGUGAAGCCUAGACAUUUUGAACAUUUCUGGAAAUGUCCCAAUAAAGGUGAAUGAAAAAAUCACUUAUCUGAAUCUGUUGGACACAAAUUCUAAAUCAUCUCUAUGGACUUUGAAAAACAUCCUGUUCGGAAUGGAUUUUUGAAUGUUUUAAUUCACUGCUCAACAACUUGGAGUUUGUCCUGUUAUUUAUUGUGUACUGUUAUUGUCAUUGUAUUUAUCCUCUAUGAUUGGAGAGACAGCUCUGUGAAGUUUCCUGAGAGCAUCAAUGCCAAACCAUGCAGUGCCAUAAUGCUGAUCUUUUCCCAAUAAUUGGGCUUUUCACUUAAUGUAAUGCUGAUUUUGCUCAGCAGUAUUUGUGUGCACUAGUUUCUUAUUACCUUAAAAGUUAUUCUUCUAAAAGCACCUUAUUCGGGUCACAUGACUUACAGCGUGGCCUUUUGCAUCUUUAAACUAGUUGAGUUUUGCAUGCCGUUAAAUCUUACCUCUCAAUUGAUUAUGUAGAAUGAUGCAGAAUAUACUCUGUCAGCUCAAAGACAUGCAGGCCAUGAAUGUAAAUGUUCAUCUUGGGGCCACGCAUACAAAUGAAUACUUAAUGAGUCAUGAUGGAGUGAAAAGAUGAGUAAUAUGUUGUGUUCAUAUUGGCAUAUUUGUGUUUGUAUUGUCACAGUCGUGCUGCAUGAGCAGCUGCAAAGCAAUGCUAAUGGAGGUUUCUUAUUAAGGAAGAUCAUACAGCAAACAUUAAAUAUACCCACUGUUUCGAAUGCUUAAUUAAAUAUUGAAUGCAGACUAAUAAGAAUUUACUACAUAAAGUCAGGCUCCCAGUUGGAGGGCUGACUUUGAUAUACCAGCGUUUGAAGUGGAAAUGAGCUGUGCGUAGCAGCAGGGGAUGCUUCAUAUCUCUUAUGGCAUUAAUUAAUUUAUUUUGCUAUCAAGUUUUUUCCUUCGAGUUACAGCCAGCCACCCAAAAUAAUGUAUCCAAAUGUAACGGACACUAGAAACUGACUUAUUAUAGCCUGUGCUGUUCUAAAACAGGACCAUAUGUACUGUCAGCUUUGCAUAUUCAUAAUGUCUAUUUAUUCAUUUUAAUGUAUCUAAAAUGAAUUCAACUGAGAUUUUAUUUAUUUAUUUAUUUUGGCUG